CGCUCUAUGGUCGGCCGUUGGCGCGGCGCUUCCGGCGGGCGCGGUGGCCUGUGGGUGGUCGUGGCGCGCCUCUUCUCCGCGGCAGGGCUGAGGAGCGGGAGCCGAGAUGUCUCACACAAUUCUACUUGUCCAGCCUACCAAGAGGCCAGAAGGCAGAACAUAUGCUGACUAUGAAUCGGUGAAUGAGUGCAUGGAAGGAGUCUGUAAAAUGUAUGAGGAGCAUCUGAAGAGAAUGAAUCCCAACAGUCCAUCCAUUACGUACGACAUCAGCCAGUUGUUUGACUUCAUUGAUGACUUGGCAGACCUCAGCUGUCUUGUUUACCGUGCUGAUACUCAGACAUACCAACCAUACAACAAAGACUGGAUAAAGGAGAAGAUCUAUGUCCUCCUCCGCAGGCAGGCCCAGCAAGCAAGCAAAUAAUGGAGGCACCAUCACUAUGUGGGUUUGGGGGAGGGCUUGGACAACAGGUGUGUACAGAGUGUAGUAGUGAACGUUUUGUAUUAUAGUCAUCCUGUUGCCAUCUUGUUAAACUCUUUAGCCAGGACUGAAUGUAUUGUUAGAGAUGCAAGGAUUUCAUUGGGUUUGACUUUUUUCUUCAGUGUAAAUGGUGGGAAAAAAAUGCAACAUCUUCAGAGUUUUGGGUUUUUUUUUCCCCUCUGGUUAGCUAAUGGUCCUCCUUUCUUUGAAUCCCUGGGGCUGUUCACAUUGUACUUCACCACAUUCAUUCUAUGUGCCCUCGAGGGAUUUUCAACCUUUGGUUAUGUCCUUGAGACUCUCUUAAUGGGGAAUAAAAAUCUACCCUUUAGUUAAA